AUGAGACGUGGUCACCUGCUAGGUGUGAAAGCAGUGGUGCUCAGUGGGCUGCCCCCUGCCAUCCCGGAGGGGCUGCUCGUGCCCUGCUUCGAGGACCGCCGUCGCUCUGGGGGAGGACCAGUGUUGAGCUGGCAGCUUGGCGGAGGGGGCACACUCACUUUUCAGAAGUCUGCAGGUGCAGGGAGAGUCUCGGCCUAGGAGGGGCACAUGCUCUCCGGCGGGCUGAGCCUUAGGCCAGCCCCACCAUGUGCCCCUGCAAGCCUGCUGCUCCCAGGGCCGCCCCCCAACACCGCCCCCCAGCAGCUAGAGCAGCACAGCCAGACCCUGCUGCAGGCCACGGGGCACCCAGCGCAGCCCCGCUGUGCUCUUGACAGUCCCUGCCCAGACUGGGUCCUGGCCCAGCUGCUCCAGCCCCUUUCUGAGGCAGAAGCCUGAGUCCUGGAGGAACAGGCCUGGGCCCUGGGCCUGGAGGGGACUGAGGUGUCCCAGGACCAAGCUGUGCAUGUGGUGGGGGGUAUUCCCCCUGAGGGCCUGCUGCUGCAGGACCUGUACCUGGAGACUGAGCCCCGCGGUGGCAGGGGACCCCUGGGGGGCCUUUGCAGCCUGCCUGGGCACCUGGGCACAGUUGCAUCCUUCCAGGAGCGGCAGGUGGCCGAGUGAGUCCUACAGCAGGAGUCCCAGGGGCAGUGCUCAGAGCUGAGCCUGGUCCCCCACUAUGACGUCCUGGAGCCUGAGCAGCUUGCCAAGAACACCGGUGGAGGGGACUACCUGGUCAAGUUGGGGCCAGGGACCACCGAGCAUGCUCUUCUGGAGGCUGGAGGGCCAGUGAGGGCAUUGAAGGGUGCAGGGCUGGUGACACUAGGAGGCUCUGAAGAGGAACGAGGGCAGACAGGAGCCUCCCUGGGGACGGGUCCCCUUGGGUCUCUUGGACAGGCUGAGCCAGUCACCUUGGGGCUCAUGGGGUCACUGGGACAGGGGGCUGCCCCCAGAGGAGGUCUGAGCGCUGCGGGCUACCCUGGAGGGCCUGGGUGGGAGGGCUGGCUGGCUAUCUCCAGAGCUGGGGGCCAGGCAGAGGACUCUGAGGAGCAGCCAGAGCGGGAGUCGGUCUCCAGGGCUGGGAGGGGGCCCAGGUGGCCGCAGGAGGAGCUGCCACGCUGCGGUGAGCCCUGCAGGAGGCAGAAGACGAGCUCGUGGGCGGGGGAGCGGGUGGCCUGGCUGGUGGUGCGCGUGGCCUUCGGGCAGGAUGUGGCCGAGCCGGACCGGGCACUGGGGACUGCCUUGGAGGUGCACGUCCAGGAGGCGAUGCCCCCUGAGAGAAGCCCAGGGGAGCAGGUCCCGUACCACGGCCCAUCAGCCUGGGCAGUCCCCGACAUCUGUGCGCAGGGCUUCGACCAUAGCUAAGGAGGCCUUAACAGUGAGGCCAGGUCCGCCUCCCUGCCCCUGCAGGACCGCUACUUGCCCCCCAACGCCGAUGGCCACAAGGCGGCGUUCGGAGCACGGGAGCUGACCGGUGACUAGGGGCAGGGUCCUGGAGGCCUGUGGGAGCCCCCCCCCGCCCCCCACUGCGGGCCCCUGGCCACGUGUCCCCCGGCCAACAGCGCAGUGCACUGCCUCCGCCAGGCCAGCAUCUUUGUCGUCGUUCGUGAAAGUGAGGCGCUGACCACCCACUUCAUUACUUGCAAGCACGUGCCCUGGGCUUCCCCAGGGGACUCCUCUGGGCACUCGGGCCACUUCCCAGCCUCCUAA